CUUCCCGAACUGGUGACUGUGCUGCGCCUCACCGGCUUUCUCCUCACAUUCCUCAUCGACAAUCCCGGUCUCUACACCUCGGCAUUGGCCGCUGCCACCGCCACCACUCAGGCGACGAGAGGGGAGCACGACGGGAGUGAGGCGGUGUCUCAGGAGGCCCCACCUCCACCACAGGGCAAGAAGGCGGGUGGCCAACAGGCGAACGCCGCGAUGCUCUGGUCUGCCCGCGCCACCCAACAUCUCGCCACAUUCGGUUUGGCUGCCAAUCUCCAAUACAACGUCGAGUUUUUAAUGAACGUAGUUCUGUACUUCUGCAUUACGGCAGUGAAGAGAUUGCGUCGCUGCCUCCUGCUCAAUUGCAUGGCGAAUCAGCUGCGUUACCCAAACUCGCACACGUACUACUUCUCCAACACGCUUCUCUACCUGUUCGCGGAGCAGUCGAUGGAACAGAUGAAAGAGCUGAUUAGUCGUGUGUUGAUGGAAUCAGGCGCCUAA